AUGAAUAAAGCUAUGGAUUUAAUAGACGAUGCAUAUUUUUGCAAUCUUAUAAAAACUGAGCUACGGAACUUAACAGACGAAUACCAAAAGAAAAUAAAAAAAAUUUUCUUUUUUGAAUAUUUAUAUAAAACGGAAGGUUUUCUUAUAUCUCUUUUUUUAAUACCAUUGUUAAUAGGACUCAUAUUUUUAAAAAAUGGUGAUAUUAUCAGCACUCACUAUUUGGGUGCCUUAAUUUUAUUCCUAUCAUCGUUGUUAUUGUUAUUUACAUUUCUUUAUUACGAAAUUGAAAAGUCUCAAAACAAUGAAUUUUUAAAUAAAAUAAAUCAAGCCAAAAAAUUUUUGUCAUCAAAAAGUUUUGCAAAGGGAAAAAAGGAAGACUAUCCUUUUAAUUAUUUAUCCAAUGUUGAUUUUAUUUUUAUUUGGAGAAAUCAGCGAUGGGAACUGUUACCUCCAAAUCUGCAGGAUAUUUUUUUGUUGCGCGCAGGAGAUUUAAUUCCUUGUAAUUGCAUAGAGUAUAAUAUCACUGAUAAAGUUUAUGGGAAGGAAUAUCAAAAACACGAGGUGUUUCUGCCCAUGGACAAAAAUAAGAUUAACAUGAACUUAUUAACAAAAUAUUCCAGAGAUGAGAAGAGAGUAUAUAUGCCAUCGUUUCACUUAUACUCUUUUGUGUCUUUUGACAAUGUGUCCAUUUCAAUGAUAAGAAAAUAUAUCCAUGAUAAUAUAGAUAAUAAUCGUAGUGCAAAAAAUAAGGAAAAUUUAAGAAACGUUAUACUUACAGAUCGUAUACACAAAUUUUAUGUGUACACGUGGAUGUUUCUUUUUUGUAUAUCUACCAUUCUGGCGAUAAUAUA